AGUAAUCAGCAGGUCAUUGUUUUUAAAAUUCUGCGAUCAUUUCCAUAAUUUGGUUGGCUUGACGAGUUAUGUAGAUCGUAAUUUGCAGUUAAAUUAAAAUCGAGUCCAAAAUUCUAAACUUUUUUAAUUUCUCUAAAUUUCUCUCGCUAAUAAUUGUCGUUUUAUAAAUAAUUAGCUUUGAGAUUAAAACCAUGUCCUCAUCCCCACCAUCAUUGACUGAGGAAGAGGCUCCAGAUUGGACGCUGGACACUCUACCUGUUGAGAUCCUCCUUCACAUAACGACCUUCAUCCCCGCCCCCACACUCGUCCAUUCGUUAUCAUUGGUAUCAAAACAUUUCCAUAAAAUCCUAUCAAAUGAGAAAACAUGGGAAAUUCGUGCUCGGAAAUUAUGGCCAGGAAAAUUUCCUCCAGUAGAUAUUUCCUCGUCUGUCAUUUCUCCCACCUUGCAUCGAUCUGCUUCCGUAAAACGAGAAGAAACUGUUCAUCUCUGGUCACAAAGUAAUAAUUCUUGUCUCGUGUUAACUCCACAUAUUGCCUGCGUGGAUUCCGUCCUCCUCUUCAAAGGCAACUGCAUGUUAGCAUCAGGUUCCCGUGACCGUUCUAUUAGUAUAAUAAAUAUUGAUUCGUGUAUCGAAAACCCAUCGUCCAUCCCACACAGUGAAGUAACCCAUUCCAAACAAAAUUCGCAUACUGGAUGGAUUUGGGAUUUAACGACAAUGAAUCAACAAGAAACUUUGGUUUCUGCUGGAUGGGAUGGAUUCGUGAAAUUUUGGGAUAUUCAAACUAUGAACGAAAUAGAUGUGGUCAAAACAAGCUCCCCCAACUUGUGCCUUAGUUCGCAAUCGAAUCUUUUGGCCAUUGGGUCAUUCAAUUCUCGGAUUCACCUUUACGACAUCCGUUCACAAGCGAUGAUAAAAACCUACAAGGUUCAUAAACGUUCGGUGCUCUCCAUAGGACUCGAAACUGAUAAAAUCGUCUCAGCCGGUGAAGAUAAUCGUCUAGUCCUCCACGAUCUACGACAAGAUAAAACAGCAUUAUCAACAGUUUGCCUCCCUCAAUUACCCAAUUGUCCAAAAAUAUAUCCAAAAUCCAUUUCGUACGCUAAAACCAAUGCAUCCAACACACUUCCGUAUUUCUACGUGGGCGACAUUCGUGGGAAUUUAUAUCUAAUCAAUUUACCUUUAUUUAAAAUCGAACGGUGCUAUCCGCUCAUUCACUCCAAAGCGAUUCAAGGAGUUUUCCAUACGAUUGGAUCCGUCUACACUUGCUCCUCCGAUGGUAUGCUCAUUGUCCAUGAGCCUUCAGAAGAAUUAGGAAUCGUUAAAAGGAUACAUCUCGAUAAAGUGGAAUUACCAAAGGUCCACUGUCUCAAUAAUCGAGUUGCCCUUGCCGGGGGGGAUUCCUUAAUUAGAGUUUAUUAUAAUUAAUUGAAGUUUUUUGUUACUGCUGAUUAAAUCUUCGAAGUCUAUGUUGCAUGGCGUUGAAUAACGAUUCCAUGUCCGUGUAGGAACCC